UGCUUCAGUUGUCAAAAGUAUUUUUGUGAGCACUCGCGAGUGAAAAACGGUACUGCUUCCUAAUUACCGUUUUAAUUAAAAUACGAUUGUUUAUUACUUAGUUAUAAGCUACACGUAAUUAAAACAUACAGGUAAAUAAUGAAAUUCGCGUCUUAAAGUGACUGUAAUAAAAAAUACGUUAGUAUUACAAUAAAAAUCAGUUUAAUAUAUCGACAAUGGUGAAAGAUGGACGUAAAUAUCGGUCGUUGUCGAUCUAACUUAUCGUUUUGACUCCGACGCUUUAUGAAAUGUGAACAAGUGCAACAGAAAUUAAGGAUUUUUUGAACCGCAGUACACGGCUCGGCCAUGGCUGACGAGUCUAGCGUUCGUGUUGCUGUCAGGAUCCGUCCACAGACACCAGCUGAGGUGGUCGAGGGUUGUGGUAUAUGUGCUCGAGCUGGCGGACCUGCUGGCGAGGGUGGGGUUGCCCUGGGAUCAGAGCGCGCCUUCACCUUCGACUACGCCUUCGAACCAUCAUGUUGCCAGCAAGCAGUAUAUGACACUUGUGUCAGGAAGCUGGUGGAAGCAGCCUUGGAUGGAUACAAUGCUACCGUGCUUGCAUAUGGACAGACUGGCUCCGGCAAAACCUAUACUAUGGGCAGUGGCUGGGAAGGCGAGGGGGAUGGUGACGAAGAGCGUCGUGGGAUCAUCCCCCGAGCCAUCAGAGACUUGUUUGCCGGCGCAGAGGCAAGGGCGGACGAAGCACGCGCGCAGGGACAGUUACCACCAGAGUUCUCCGUUCAGGCACAGUUCAUUGAGCUCUACAAUGAAGACAUCGUCGACCUUCUAGAUCCUGCUAAAGAUCCUUUUGCUAAGGGCGCACUCAGGAUAACAGAAGAUGGUUGCGGUGGCGUUCGCAUAGUAGGGGCUUCGAUGCGAGCGGUGAGAGGUGCUCAAGAGGCAUUGGGGGCAUUACGAGCAGGUGCCCUCGCCAGGACCACGGCAGCUACCAACAUGAACUCCUCAUCCUCACGAUCACAUGCAGUAUUCACUCUCUUACUCCGACAAAGGAGACUCGCACCAGACCAGGAUACGUCGGUAGAUAGAGAAGCAGACUCCGAAGCACCCGAACAAUACGAGACACUCACUGCGAAGUUCCAUUUUGUUGAUUUAGCUGGAUCCGAAAGAUUAAAACGAACAGGUGCAACAGGUGAACGAGCAAAAGAAGGUAUAUCAAUAAACUGCGGGCUCCUAGCUCUUGGCAAUGUGAUAUCAGCUCUUGGAGAUCGUUCUAGAAAAGUACUGCACGUUCCGUACAGGGACUCGAAACUAACGAGGUUACUCCAGGAUUCAUUAGGGGGGAACAGUAAUACAGUCAUGAUAGCCUGUGUGUCUCCGAGUGAUAGGGAUUUCAUGGAGACGUUGAAUACACUGAAAUACGCGAACAGGGCGAGGAAUAUCAAGAACAGAUGUGUGGUGAACCAGGACCUGACGUCGAGGACUAUACACCAGUUGAGGCAGGAGGUGGCCAGGCUACAGCUCGAGCUUGCUGAAUAUAAACAGGGUAAACGCGUGAUAUCAGAAAACGGCGAGGAGGGCUGGAGCGACGUAGUCCAAGAAAAUGCAAUACUCACCGGUGAGGUGGAGUCUCUGAGACGGAGAGUGAAGGCCAUGCAGGGUACUAUCGAGCAGCUGUCGGCCAGGAACAGUGAGCUCGUUGCUGAGAAGGCGCUCGGGAACUGGGGACCUAAAGAUGGCAGCCCUGAUACUAAUGACUGCUCACUGACUGCACUUGUACAAGGCUACGUAAGCGAAAUAGAAGACCUUCGAGCUCAACUGUUGGAGUCCAACGCGAUGUACGAGGCGAGUCGCAAGCGCGAGGCGACGGUCGCUCGUACCAGACACGACUCCGUCCAGGAUCCGUCACUCAUCAUCGAUGAUGCUAAGCGGGAACUGUAUAAGGAGAAAGAGUUACUGGCGCGUAGUAUGGGCGAGUUAGAAUUCCAGCGCAAACUGAAUAUGAGCGAGAGCAUGACGAGUGCGGUCGACGACAGGCCUAUAGGAGAGAGGGAGAGGGCCGAGGGAGAGAGUGCAGAGGACUCUGAACCUUCGGACGGCGACGGAGAAGCCAGCGACUCUGAGGAAGAGGAUUCUGAAGUUAAAGGUCAGCGCGUCCUCUCCGCCCAGUUAGCGGCGCUGAGCGAGGACAUAGACACCAAGGCGCGACUCAUAGAACAACUGGAACUGUCGCAGCGACGACUGGCGGCACUCAGGACGCACUACGAGCAACGACUGGAUACACUACACCAUCAGAUUAAAGCUACCAAUGAUGAAAAGGAUAAAGUGCUCGCGUCACUUGCAAGCCAAGCGUCCCCUCCCAGCGAGAAGCUGAAGCGAGUGAAGGAAGAGUACGAGCGCCGCGUGGGCAGCAUGUCGCGCGAGCUGAAGCGCCUGCAGGCCGCCGCGCGCGAGCACACGCGCCUGCAGCGCUCGCAGCAACACGCCGCCCUGCAGCUCGCCGCGCUGCGGACCGACCUCGCCGCCAUGAAGAGGGACAAGGUGAAACUAGUACAACGUAUGCGCGAAGAAGCCAAGCGACACGCGCAAGCUGAAGCAGCUCGAGCUAAAGAGGUAGCACAACUGCGCAAAGAAUCUCGUAAGAACGCCAACUUGAUCCGAUCAUUGGAAGCUGAGACCAAGAUGAAGGAAGCGGUGUUACGUCGUAAACAAGAAGAGGUAUCAUUAUUAAGGAAAGGACAUCGUGACAAGCUCAGCAGUCGAGCGGCGGGCAGGUUGCAUGAGCGCGCCCAGGCCCGCAAGAGCAAGGGCUGCCGCGAGGCGUGGGCCCGGCUGGAGUGCUGGGUGUCGCGCGCCGUGGCCGCGCGCGUUACGCUGGGCGAGCUGGAGGCCGCCAUGGAGCGCCUGCUGGCGCAGCGCGAGCGCGCGAGGGACGCCAGCGACCCCGACACGCUGCAUCUACUGCGCUACCUGCGGGACGCCAUCGCCGACACGCAGGCGCAGAUCAUGCAGAUUGAGGAGGAGAACGACGAGAACCAGUUACCAGUGGUGCUGGAGCAGGUGUGCAGCGCGGAGGCGGGCCGCUACUCGCUGGCGCGCCUGGCCGCGCUCACGCUGCAGCACGCGCAGGACGCCGCGCGGCACCACAAGCUGCUGCACGACACCAGGGCGCAGCUCGCGGAGGUACGUCGCACUCACCGCUCUAUUACACAAUACUACUCGCUGGCGCGCCUGGCCGCGCUCACGCUGCAGCACGCGCAGGACGCCGCGCGGCACCACAAGCUGCUGCACGACACCAGGGCGCAGCUCGCGGAGGUACGUCGCACUCACCGCUCUAUUACACAAUACUACUCGCUGGCGCGCCUGGCCGCGCUCACGCUGCAGCACGCGCAGGACGCCGCGCGGCACCACAAGCUGCUGCACGACACCAGGGCGCAGCUCGCGGAGGUACGUCGCACUCACCGCUCUAUUACACAAUACUACUCGCUGGCGCGCCUGGCCGCGCUCACGCUGCAGCACGCGCAGGACGCCGCGCGGCACCACAAGCUGCUGCACGACACCAGGGCGCAGCUCGCGGAGGUACGUCGCACUCACCGCUCUAUUACACAAUACUACUCGCUGGCGCGCCUGGCCGCGCUCACGCUGCAGCACGCGCAGGACGCCGCGCGGCACCACAAGCUGCUGCACGACACCAGGGCGCAGCUCGCGGAGGUACGUCGCACUCACCGCUCUAUUACACAAUACUACUCGCUGGCGCGCCUGGCCGCGCUCACGCUGCAGCACGCGCAGGACGCCGCGCGGCACCACAAGCUGCUGCACGACACCAGGGCGCAGCUCGCGGAGGUACGUCGCACUCACCGCUCUAUUACACAAUACUACUCGCUGGCGCGCCUGGCCGCGCUCACGCUGCAGCACGCGCAGGACGCCGCGCGGCACCACAAGCUGCUGCACGACACCAGGGCGCAGCUCGCGGAGUUGCAGGAGCAAUCGGAGCGAUCUGCGGCGGCGCUGCGAUUGGCUAACGCGGACCAGAACCUGAACCCGUGGGGAGUGCCUGCCGCGCUGUCUGCACUACUGCAACAUGUGUCGUCCGGCACCUCUACACGAUCCGUGUCGCCUGUAGACAGCUCGCUACUAGAUGUACGUCCCAGUAACGGAGUCCGUGAGUCUAGUACGGCGCCCACGUCUCCGCCUGACGACAACACGCCCUCACCCUUCCAGAGGAACACACAACGUCGCGGCUCAGUCCGUCUCCGCGACCUGGGCGUGAUAGGUCGGGACGAGGACCCGAUGACUCAGUCCAUGGUGGAGCCCGCCUCACCACGACCCAUACCACUCAGUCGUGUGCCUAGUGCUCCUGGAAGUCUCAGAGGUCUCCAGCCCCUGAACAGUGGUGGCGGAGUGCUGGCGUCUCCAGUAGCAGUGCGGCGUCCCCCCGCUCCCCCCGAGUCCCCGCGUCCCCCCCGCCGACAGCUCUCCAAGCCAGCCUCAUUAGAGCCGAGUGCGACCGUCGGCACUCCCCCAGCGUCGCCGGGCGCCGCGCGAAGAGCGCGAGAUGAUGACGUGUUCCUCCGCCUCACGGGCGCCGGCAACGAUAAUACUCCUCAGGGCGUCGUCAAAGAAAUUACUUUGAAGCGUACGAGUGGCAGUGGCGGCAGCGGCACAGGCGCGUGGCUGCAGUGUACGCACGUGGCCGAGGGACACGCCGGCGCCGCGCUCGCACUCGCCGCCACGCCGGACCUGCUCUACAGCGGGGGAGUCGAUCGUACAGUCCGUGGCUGGGACUUCGUGGCGGGUACAGAGACGUGGCGCGGGUGGUGCGGCGGCAGCGUGGGCGCGCUGGCGGCCGCCGAGCGCCUCGUGCUGGCCGCCGCCGGCGCCGCCGUCAGGCUCUUCGAUACACGGUCCCGCACUCCCGUCACUACGCUCUGGUCGUCAGGAGUGACAGGUCCGUGCCCAGCUAACCGCGGCGUGGGCGGCGAGGUGGCCGUCACUGCACUCGCGCUCGCACAGAAUCAUCGCUUGUAUACCGCCGUCGGAGACAAACUCAGGCUGUGGGACCUCAGGAUGAUGGAGUGCGUGUGCAAGCUGUGGACGGGGCACGCGGCGGCCGUGAUGUGCCUGGCCGUGGGCCGCGCCGCCGCCGGGGACCUCGUGGCCACCGGCUCCAAGGACCACUACGUGCGCACGCUCGACAUGCUGCCACAGGACACUGGGAAUUACGAAGCAAGCAACCGAUGGCUACUAGAGCCGCCUCACUACGAUGGCGUACAAGCUCUUGCACUGAGCCAAGAAGACGGCGCGUUAUACAGCGCCUCUCGAGACACAAGCCUUAAGCGGUGGAGUCUCACUGACCACACACUCACGCAUGGAGUUAUGAAUGCGCAUAAAGGCUGGGUGACGGGCGUGUGCGCGGUGCGCGCGGUGGACGCGGGGCUGGUGGCGAGCUGCGGGCGCGACGCGGCGCUGCGGCUGUGGAGCGGCGCGCUGCGGCCCGCCGCCGCGCCCGCCGCGCUGCCCGACCUGCCGCACGCCCUGCGCGCGCACCCCGCCGCGCCCGCGCUCUACACCGCCGGCAACGGCGGCGAAGUGCGCUCCUGGCGGGUCACCCUCGAGCAGUGACACUCACAGUGACGGCCGCAUACGUUGCUGGAGAGUGCGCAAGACUAGAUGACCAUCGGCCGCGUGCUCCGGCGCCGCCUCCCCGCGCACGCCGCGCGCGCGCCGCGCCUGGCGGUGACACGGGAGCACGACGCCCAUCCACUGGUACAACUGCAGUUAUAUGUUAUUGUGGUUGUAGUAGAACUUUUAAUACUUUGUGUUGGUAUAGUCAAUAUAGAAGUGUGAAGAAUGUUUGUAAAGCGAAUAUAGUGACAAUGAAAAUGUCGAUUCGACGCGAAGAAAGUGAUUUGGAUAAUGUAAUAAUUAUAUACCUUUUUGUCUCGCUCACCAAAAACAAAUUAUGUUAGUACAUUGUACUUUAAUGUGUAGCCGUCAGAACAUUCAGUCUAAUUUCUUCAAUAAGAUUUUCAACGCUCAUACAAAACAAUAGAGUUGAAAAUUGAUUGAAGGAAUUUGACAGUUUGACGUCUUGACCGAGCAUGCAGGUUUAAUUACUUUCAACCUUGUCUCACUAGAAAUAACGUAUAUUUUCGUUUGUCGUGUAAACUCGAUUGUUCGUGUUUCGACUUUUGUGAUCCGAAUAUGUAGUGUAAGGGGAGGAAUGAAUCUGUUUGAACUUAGAUAGUUCAUACGGCAGCACAUCAAGGUAUUCUAAAAUGUUAAAUUUAGGAACCUACCUUUUUGGUCAAGUAGCCGCAAGCUAAACUGCUAAACAAGGGGUCUCUGGUUAGAUUAGACUUAAUAAUACCAUAAAGUCUGAAGUUGUGUCCGGUGUACGACAAUAGACUCGCCCACUAUUACAUGGGACUUUAAAUGUAAGGUACACGGAAGUUUAGAGUACCUUCACGUGCUGAUUUUUUGCAAUACAUACAUACAAUUUUGUUACAUAGGUCGAUAUUAUGUACCGACGCUGUUAGCGAGUUUGGUUGAAGUUCCUAAGCACUGUUACUGAGUAAAAUUUAUAUUAAAAUGUAUUACAAUAUGUUAAAUUCAUAUUAUUAUAGUAGUCAACCGAACUUGUGUAACACAUACCUUUUUAAUCUAUAGUCUUAACUCAGUAUUGAAUAUCCUAUGUAACAAAAUGUCGGCAAGUCCGUAUUGUAUCUAGAUGUUCUUUGUUUGAACAAAAAUUAUAACAUUUUAAAAAGACAAUUGCAUCUCUAUAGAAUAUUUAUGAUCUCUAGAAUUUAAAAAAUAACAUGGUAGAGAUUCGACUUUAGUUAAAAAAUUAUACAACGAUUACUCACGAAUACGAUAGAUGGCGUUGUUAUAAAGAUUUUAACAAGAAUUGUUUUAGUGCAUUGAAUUAUUAUUUUAUUAUCAAAUUAAUUACAAUUUAAAUGACCUAAAUAUAGUACCUGGCUAUAUAUAAUUUGAGAGAAUCGACUGGUAUAAAAAAGGACAUUCCAACAAUGAAAUAAACAAAAAUCCCCUAAUCGUGUGUUGGCAGGGCCUAAACAUUUGAUAAACUAUGUAAUCUAAUAAAUUUAAAUAAAUAAUAACUGCUGAAAAAAAUAACACAUUAGAUCCGGGGAAUUAAAAAAUCGGAAUAUUAUUUAAUGAUUCUGAAGUAUUAAAUAAAUAGAUGUAUAUCGCAAAAAACACAUAGUGCGUGGCCUAACAAUAUUCCAAGAUUAGUUCGGAACGUAGUCGUUAGUUUUGACGGCGCUAGUGAGCUCCUUUUGUUAGAAAGUAAUAAAUAAAAUUAAUUGUUAGAAUAAAAACAAUUUGUUUGGUUUUAGCUUAAUGAAAAUAGUAUGAAUUAUGAUAAUUAGAAAGCUAAUGGCGUUUCCAAUACAGCAAUCGUAAUCUAAGCAAAAAGGCUAGAAAAUAAUUUUCUGACGCAUGCUUAUUGCUUAAAAAAUGGGUAAUAUUAUAAAUAUUCUUUAAAUAAUCACUGAAAUUGUGUAUUAUUGAUAUUUGGUGUUUCGUUACUAGGCUCACUAGCGCCGUACAUAGAUCAAUGAAUAAGAAUCGUGUGAUAGUCAGUAUACUGCUAGAAGAUGGCCUUCAAAUAAACCAUUGUUAUUGUUGUACCGAAUUUAUUUAAACGCUCUCGAUAUGAAGCGAGCAUGCAAUCAGAAGGCGAGAUACAUUUAUCAUACCUACUAAACCAUAUUACUCCAC